ACAACGCCAUGGACGAUUGUAAUCCCACGUCCAUUUCUUUGAUGUGAUCUUUGUACUCACUCACUAUGUAGCUUCCCCACAUACACAAGAAUAGAGAUAGAUACCUAGUUUUUGACAUUCCACUUCACACACACACACACACAUAACUAGAGAAAUUUAUUUAUUUUUUUAAUAAAAUAAUAGAAAUUGUGGUCCUCAAGCAUCUCCACCUUUCCUCUCAAAAUUCCCAUAACCCCACCACCCAAUAUCUCCUCAUUUGAUCAAUACUACUACUAUUAAUUACUACUAUAUAUAUAUGUAUAUUUAUUUAACAUGAACAUCAUGAAUGAGAGCAAGCCCAUAAAGGGGGAGAUGAUGAAGAGAGACAGCGGCGACUCCGACGAUGAUGAGCUGGCACCCGAUGAGGAGAAGCGGAAGAGGAUCGCCGGCGCAAAGAAAGGCGGCGGUGACACCUCCAUGAAAAGCUGCCAGGCUGAGAAGUGCUCCGCUAAUCUCACCACCGCCAAGGCGUACCACCGCCGCCAUAAGGUCUGCGAGCACCACGCCAAGGCGCAGGUCGCUGUCGUUGCCGGAAUCCGCCAGCGCUUCUGCCAGCAAUGCAGCAGGUUCCACGAGCUCUCGGAAUUUGAUGACACGAAGAGAAGCUGCCGGAGGAGGUUGGCCGGCCACAACGAGAGGAGGAGGAAGAAUCCGGGCGAGGGUUCUCAGGCAGAAGGGUCCACUAGUGGCCGGAUCAAGGGCAGCGGAAGCACGACGGUGAAGGAGUUGGUGUGUGGGCAAGUGGAUGAUAGGGGAAGGAUUCAAAUGAGUGUCCAAGAAAAUUCAACCUACAAACAUUUCCAUGUCCGAUAAUUUAACCUAGCUCCCUCUCUUCUGUCAAUAUUUCUAAUCGACUAAUUAGUUACUAGGGAGUAUCAUGUAUUAUUGAGCUGAUCUCGAGCUUAAAUUAUUUAUUAUCAAUAAAUGAGGAUUAUUAAUAAUCUCAAGAUGUAUGUAGGAAUUA